UUAUUUGUGUUGGUUUUUUCACUUCAGAGUUGGAAAUGGAUCUAAGAGAUAUUUUACUUCUCUGUGCAAGUUUGCUGGUCGCUGCACCCUCAGUAUGCAAAGGAGCAUGUUCCGUCAAUCCUAACUGCUCAGACUGUGCCAAUUAUACCGAGGAAGGUCAGACAAAAUGGGGAUUCUACUGCAACCCUUACAGUGGGUCUUAUAUAGAUUCUUCUCACUUUAUGGCUACCAACGAUACGGUUGAUGUAUUUCGUGUUAUUUUUUCUGCAUCUCGUUUAACAUUUACCAUCAACAAUGGAUCAUUCGAAAACAUCCCUAAUAUUUUACGUAUGGAUUUUGAGAGCAAUUACGAAAUGACGCUUUCCAUAAGUCCAUUGGCUUUUUCUCACGGUGUGCAGAACAACAUGCGAUCUUUGUUCUUGCGGGACUCAUACCUUACCACCGUACCUUCCGCCCUCAGGUACUUAACUGUACUGCAGGAACUUGAUCUGGGAUACAACAAAAUUACUGGUGAUCCGACAAACUAUCUAAGUCACCUGACUUUGCUCCGGUUGCUAAUGCUUGACAACAACCGUCUAUUGAGUAGUAUCCCAACAUCAUUGGAGCACCUACCCAAUCUCCGGAAAUUGUCCCUUGCAAGCUGCGCCCUCAACCAGAGUUCUGUAGCGUCAUUUGACAAGCUACCCAGGUCAUUAGAGUGGCUAAGCGUUCAGGAUAAUAGACUGUAUGCUGUGCCUCCGGGAAUUGGAUUGCUUCGAAAUCUGACCUAUCUUAAUAUGAGAUCCUGUAGUCUGAACUCUUUGUCGGCCAACGUCUCCAUCAAUCUAAACAAGUUGGAGUUCCUAGAUCUAAGUGAAAAUCCAAGUAUUGUUCCCACUCUCGAGGUUCUUGUCCAUUUGAAGUCCUUGAAGAUUCUUAGACUUUCCAAUAUGGGUUCUUCUUUAACACACAUACCUGAUGCAAUAUCAGGGAUGUCAAAAUUGAUAGAACUUAACUUACGCAAUAAUGGAAUACAAGAGAUAAAUCAAAACCAAUUUGCUAAAAUGGUUCAGUUAAGGAGACUCAAUCUGGCCUAUAAUAAACUAUUUUCUCUUGACCUGCAAUCGUUCCAAAAUUGUGUCCAACUGGAGGAAUUAGACGUAAGUGAUAAUCUUAUACACGAAGUGAGCCAGAUCCUUUUUCUUCCUCAAUCGAUAAGGAAGCUUCAAUUGUAUGAAACUAAAUCCGACACUUUUGACAAGUGUACCGUUGCAAACUUUCUGGCACAUUUUCAGAACUCCUACAUGUACAUUUCAGGCGGUCGUUUAACUUGUGAUUGUCGCUUGGCCUGGGUUAGAAAACAAUCAGCGUCUUUCGGCUCAGUUUCGGCUCGGAUAAGUUUUAGUGGAGCUUGUUAUCUCCCAAGGGAGCUAUACGGCCAAUCAGUGAAAUCAUAUACUCUGAGUGAUUGCACUCUUGAAGACGAAAAUUUGGAAAACUGCAACAGUAUCUCAACAACUCCACCCAAUACAACGACGGAACACCCGUCCGAGGCUUUGAAUCACUCGUUCAUUCCUUCAGUCCAACUAUCCAGUCUCCAAAAGGACAUCAGCAACGUUCAAACUAUCACAACUGUGUCGGUAUUUGUCGCUGUUGUCGCCAUUGUGGCAGUUGUCUCUACAGUCGUCGUGUUGCUGAUUUGCUACUUGAUUUAUAGAAACCGAGAACCCGCAAAGGAGAAGGACCAAGGCCACGUCAAUCAAGGUACCCAGUUAUCGGAAGAAGUCCAGGGUGAAAGAACACCUGAAGGUCAAAGUUCUGAAGAUAGUCUGGAUCAGAACACGACUGGAAUGGCCACCAGCGCCCCUAGUGGUGACUUUACUCAUCUGAAAAAGACAGACAUAAGGAACACGCUAGGCAGCAGUCCUUCUAUAGAUUGGUGGGCUUUCUAUUACGGCGGUGUAGAGAACAGCCUGCGAACUUUGUUGUUCCGGAACUCCUACCUUACCACCGUCCCCUCAGUCUUGUCAUAUCUAACGGCUUUACAGGAGCUGGAUCUUGCAGGCAAUAGAAUAACUGGUGACCCAUCAAACUAUCUUAGUUACCUGACAUCACUCCGGUCGCUGUGGCUUGACAACAACUAUCUAUUGAGUAGUAUCCCAUCAUCCUUGCAGCGCCUGACUUAUUUAAGGAAAUUGUCUCUCAGAAGCUGUAACCUCAACCAAAGUUCAGUGACGUCAUUUGGCAAUCUACCCUCGUCUUUAGAGUGGCUGGACGUUUAUAAUAAUCGUCUGUAUGAAAUACCUCUGGGUAUUGGCUUGCUUCAAAAUCUGACCUAUCUAAACAUGAAAUAUUGUAAUCUGAACUCUUUGUCGGACAACGUCUUCCUCAAUCUAAAGAAGUUGGAGAUCCUAGAUCUAAGUCGAAAUCCCAGUGUCGUUUCUACCCUGAACGUUCUUGCCAAUCAGAAGUCGUUAAGGAUUCUCAGGCUCUCCCAAAUCAGUUUGUCUUUAACAGACAUACCUGAUGCAAUAUCAGGAAUGGAAAAGCUGAUAGAACUUGACCUAAGCUAUAAUGGAAUACGAGAAUUAAAUCAUGGUCAAUUUGUCAAACUGGUACAGUUAAGAAAACUUAGCCUUGACCACAAUAAAAUAGCUUUUCUUGAACGGAUGUCGUUCCAAAAUUUUGGCCAUCUGGAGGAACUAGACCUAAGUUAUAAUCUUAUACACGAAGUUACCCCGAUCCUCUUUGUUCCUCAGUCCAUAAAGAAUCUUAACCUGGAAGGAAAUAAAUUUGAAACCUUUGACAAGUGUACGGUUGCAAACUUACAGGCAUAUCUUCAGAACUCCUACAUUUCAAGCAACCUUUUCAAUUGCGAUUGUCGUUUGGCCUGGGUUCGAAAACUGUCAGCGUCUUUCGGCUCAAGGGUAAGUUUUAGUGGAUCGUGUUAUCUACCAAGAGAGCUAUACGGCCAGUCAUUGUCUUCAUAUCCCCUAAAUGGUUGCACGUCUGAAGACGAAAGUUUUGAAAGCUGCAACAUUGUCAGGACGCCCGAGGCUUCGUUCGUCAAUUCAGCCCAAAUAUCCGGUAUCAAAAAGGACCUCGACAUCGUUCAAACUUUCACAACGGUGUCGGUAUCCGUCGCCGUUGUCGCCCUCCUGGCAUUUGUCGCUACUAUCGCUAUGUUGCUGACAUGCUUCUUCAAGCGAAGGAACCGAGUGCCCUCAAAUGGGAGGAGCCGGGGUCACCCCAAUCAAGGUCUUCAACUAUCGGAAGCUGUCCAGGGUGAAAGGGCACCUGAAUGUCGAAGUUCUGGAGAUAGUCUGUAUCAGAACACGGAUGGAACGGCCAGCAGAGGCCCGAGUGCCGACUAUGAACCUUUGAGGAAUACAUGCGGGGUUGCAAACAACACGGAGGCCAUUUCGACUCCCCUGUAA